ACAAUUUUUUUAAUGCUAUAUUUGUAUUACAUAAAUAUAAAACUUGAUCAAUGAAGAUUCGAAACAGCCCUACUUUUCAUGGGGGUGGUGGUUACAGUGGCUUAAGAGCUCGUAACUUAACAUUCAAGAAAGUUGUGAAGCAAGUGAUGAGAGAUCAGUCCUAUAAUCAAUUCAUGAUUCGGAUGGAGAACAUGAUAAGAAGAAUUGUCGGAGAGGAGACACAUCGUGUUUUUCAAACUUUUUACUCUUCAUCACGUGUCUCAAUGGAGCGAUCGCAUUCAGAAACGCCAUCAUCGCGUCCACGAUUGAAGCUGCGAUUCAUAAACUCGCCGCCGUCAUCGAUAUUCACGGGGUCCAAGAUCGAAGCCGAGGGCGGUUCUCCGCUGAUGAUCGAGCUCGUGGACGCCACCACAAACACUCGAGUUAGUUCGGGACCGUUCUCGUCUUCUCGGGUAGUGCUCGUGCCACUGAACGCUGAUUUCACGGAAGAAAGCUGGAACGUGGAGGGAUUUAAGCGGAAUAUUCUCAAGCAACGUGAAGGGAAACGUCCGUUGCUCACUGGAGAUCUAACGUUGACGCUUAAAAACGGUGUUGGAGUUAUCGCCGGAGAUAUCGCUUUCUCGGAUAAUUCGAGCUGGACUAGAAGUCGGAAGUUCCGGUUAGGUGCUAAGUUGACCGGAGAUGGAGCCGUGGAGGCGAGAAGUGAAGCCUUUGGAUGUUUAGACCAACGAGGAGAAUCUUAUAGAAAACAUCAUCCUCCGUACCCCAAUGAUGACGUUUGGAGACUAGAGAAAAUCGCGAAAGAUGGCGUUUCGGCGAAACGUUUGGCUGAACACGAGAUUUAUACCGUCAAGGAGUUUCGCCGUUUGUAUACUGUAAAUCCAAAUGAGCUACACAACAUAAUUGGUGUAGGGAUCUCAAAGAAAACAUGGAAGACAAUUGUAUCACACGCCAUGGAUUGCGUUUUGGACGAAACAGAGUGUUACAUUUACAAUGCAAACACUCAGGGCGUAACUCUUCUCUUCAACUCUGUUUAUGAGUUAUUAAAAGUAUCAUUCAAUGGCGUCGAUAUCCAAAACCUCGAUCAGCCAAUUCUAAACCAAUUAAAGUUUGAAGCUUAUCAAAACCUUAACCGCUUUACAGCGGUUAACGAUGGGACCUUUAUGGGUCAUCCGCAAAGGUCUUUACAGUGCCCGCAAGAUCCUGGAUUUGGCAUAACAUGUCCGGGAUCGCAGAACAUUGACUUUCAAGGAAAUUUGGAUCCAUCAAGCUCUUCGAUGGCUCUUGGCCACGCAGCUGCAAGCUCAAGGGUUCACCCUGAUGUGUUGAUGAGUUUCGAUAACUCACCAACCGCGACUUUUCAUAUCAACAAAAAGUUCUUACCGACUUUCGGAAACAGCUUCAAAGUAAGUGAUUUCGAUCCAGUAUCCGGAAUAUCACAAACUGUAGUGACAAGAGGUUGUAUCGAGAAUGAGGAGGAUGAGAACGCUUUAGCUUAUCAUCAACAUUAUGACAUGACCACAAACUGGUCACCUGGUACGCACCAAGCCGUUGAAACGAUGUGUCUUACCGUGUCUGGAACGGAAGAAACUGGUAUGUUCGAUGUUCAUCUUACAAACGUUAAUUUGGGAUCUCCGAGAGCAAGGUGGUGUAAGAUUAAGGCAGCUUUCAAGGUCAAGGCAGCUUUUAAGGAAGUCCGGAGACACACAACUGCCAGAAACCCGAGGGAAGGCUUGUAAGAAUUCUUGCCUACCGUAUUAAAAUCAGGGGUUUCUU